UAAGUACAUAGUUUAAUAAGUAUAUACUCAAUAGUAAUUAAGCACUAUAACCUGAGAGAAUCCACCACGUAUAAUUUGGGAACUUUGUUUACGCACUUAUAAGAUGGGAUCAAUAACAUAUUGAUCCCACAUUGUCAUAGAAUAACAUAUUGUUCUGUGGUCGCUGUAUGGGACAGUCUAUAUUGCUCAAUGUACAAUUUAACUUAAUUUGAUUUUCUUCUCUUCAACUAAGUCCAUUACGAUGUGGUUAACGUUUCUGUGUUUGUGUUUUAUUCUGGACAAAAGUUUUGGACAAGAUCGAGCCAGAAACGAGUCGGAGAGGUUCACCACGACAACAACUUUGACAGUGAACGUGAAGGACGAUGAUGAUCAGGACCCCUCUUUCAUCUACCGAGGCUGCAUGUCGGUGGACGGCGCCUGUGUCAACCCAGAGUACCAUGCGACCGUGUCCAGUGGGGUGGUGGCUGGAAUACUGUCAAUAUCUCCAGAAAAGAUCCAGGCAGUUGACAUGGACACCAACAACUCUCCCAUCCUUUAUAGCUUCCUCUCCGGCAGUCCUGGGUCCUUCAGGGACUACUUCGAGAUCAACCCCACAACUGGGGCAGUUCGCCAGACCAAGGCUGUUGAUACAUCUGUCACCAAGAAGUUUGAAAUUAUUGUCAAGGCAGAGGAAAACUCGCCAAGCAGAAGAUUUGCAACGGCCAAAUUAUCUGUGUUGGUGAGGCCUGUAGAUGUGAACCCUCCAGUGAUCGUAGCUUCCGCCACUGACGGUCUUGUCAGUGAAAACGCACCAGUUGGGACAAAAAUACUAGAUGAUGAAGGCAAUCCUCUUCAACUGAGAGUAUCAGAUCCUGACUUGGGCCCUGAUGAUCCCAAGCCUUCUUAUGAUUUUGAAGUAACAACAAACUUCUUCCACAUUGAUGAAGAAGGAUACCUUGUCGUGGGAGAAGAAAAUUUAGACAGAGAUCCACCAAGUCCAGGGAAAUUCAGGUUUCAGGUUGUGGCUCGAGAAAGUCAUGGCACUGCUGCAAGUGCUCCUGUGACUUUCACCGUUGCGCUGAUUGAUGUCAACGACAAUGCUCCACACUUACCGAUGAUUCCACCCAUCACAAUCCAAGCAGGAGAGGGCCGUCGCCAGGUUGUUAAAGUGGAAGCGACUGAUAACGAUCUCGGUGAAAACGCCAAGAUUUCGUAUAGCAUCUACCAUAUAUCCAACAAUGGACGGAACAAGUUUAAAAUUGAUCCACAGUCUGGAGCUAUUGAGGCAAAUGGCAAGCUGAACGCUGGAGAGCAGUACAGCAUCACUGUACAGGCCACCGACAGUGGGGGCAAGUCCAGUCAGACGAUCGUGGAGGUGACAGUAGUACCAGGUCCCAACACCAGGAGUCCUGUGUUUCAAGAGACUUCUUACCAGGUCACUAUCAGUGAAGGGGCUCCCAUCAAUUCGACUGUGCUUCAUGUGGUGGCUACUGAUCCGGAAAACGAGCCAGUUACUUAUUCUAUAGUCUCUGGAAACGAUCUGCGCCAAUUUGCCAUCAAUGAUAAGACUGGAGUUAUUACUGUGAUAAGGAAACUAGACAGAGAAGAUCUGACAAGAUAUCAGAUGCUUAUAAAAGCGGAAGAUGAAGGUGGGCUCUCUAGUACUGCGACAGUGAACAUUAUAGUGAGUGACAUCAAUGACAAAAACCCUGAGUUUGAAGACUUGCCAUAUGAGUUCACUGUGAGAGAAGGUGUGGAUAAACUGUUUGUGGGUCAAGUAAGAGCUAAAGAUAACGAUGAAGGAAUCAAUGCCAAUGUCACCUACUCUCUUCCCACAGAUGUACCUUUUACCAUUGAUACGAUUACCGGAAAUAUUACUACCAACACUGCUCUCGACUAUGAAAAAGUUAAGGAAUACAAAUUUGUGGUGACAGCCCAAGAUGGCGCUCCAGAUCCAAGAAUUGCCACUGCCACAGUUACUGUUCAUGUCACUGAUGUAGAAGAUGAAAUGCCAAUCUUUCCAAAGACUGUUUACAACGCAACUGUUCCCGAAAAUGUUGCUAACUUCGUCGUUGCACAAGUGAAGGCAGAGGAUCCAGACACAAACAAAAAAGUAACCUAUGUCAUCAAACAAGGACCUCUGGACCUCUUCAAGAUUGAUCCAACAACUGGUGAGAUCAGGACAGCAAGAGGUUUGGAUUAUGAAACCGAGAACCAGUAUGCACUUGUAAUUGGUACAGAAGAGAAUCCCAGUCUGAGACCUGGAGCAACUACAAAAGUCCUGGUUACUGUUGAGGAUCAAAACGACAUACCUCCUGUGUUUUUAACGAUUCUGACUAAACCAAUUGUUCUAAAUGAUGACACUGAGAUUGGGGCUCUGGUCACAACACUGACAGCCUCAGAUGCAGAUGGUACAGCUCCAAAUAACAUUGUUCAUUAUGAUAUUGUUGGGAGAGGAGAAGCAAAAAGAUUUUUUGAAAUUAAUCCUGACAAUGGAGAACUUCGGGUUAAAGAGGACUUCAGAAAAGAACCUGACAAUGAGUAUGAGGUGGAAGUGAGAGCGUUUGAUGAUGGAGAACCUCAGUUGUCAACGACUAUGACAGUACCAAUCUAUAUACGAAGAACAACAACUGUCACCCCUGACAUCGGGCCAGGAUUUGCAGACAGCCUGUACACCGUAGAAGUCAAGGAGGAUACCAAACCAAACACCACUAUAAAAACUUUUACAAUAAUCAAGAAUCCAAAACAGCCUAAAAAUCUCCCACUACACUGUUCAGUCACUAAGGGGAAUGUUGGAGGUAAGUACAGUAGGAUACACCAGUUAAUUGUCUUUACUCUACAUACUGUAACAUGUACUAUCAUGAAAACAACCACAAAAUCUUCCAUUCCACUGUUUAGUCAGUAAGUGUAAUGUUGGAGGUAAGUACAGUAGGAUACACCAGUUAAUUGUCUUUACUCUACAUACUGUAACAUGUACUAUCAUGAAAACAACCUCAAAAUCUUCCAUUCCACUGUUUAGUCAGUAAGUGUAAUGUUGGAGGUAAGUACAGUAGGAUA